AGAUCGUUCUCUGUCCAUUGUCUCUUCAUUAUUCUUCUUCCAUUUCAGACCACCACCAGACAAAGUCACUAACAGAAGAAAACAACUUGGGUGUCAACGAAAUUGGAAGUAAUUCAUUCAUCUUCUGAAUUCGUAUCACUCUCAACUUCCUAGAUCUGGGUUUUUUCACUAAUAAGAAAGAAGCAUUCUCGCCAACAAUAAAAGGCAAAAUCUGUAUAUGGUUUUACAAAAACAAACCAGGCUGUCAUCGUAUUGCUGGAUUGAUCCUGAUAUGGUUUCUUAGUAUGAUGGCGGAUAGCAAUGCAAAACAACCAUUGCUCUCAGGAUCAUUAGAUCAGAUACCUCAAACCAAUAAAAACAGAUCUUUUCAAGGAAGAAGAAUUCGCAGAAGUAAAAGUGCUUCUAGGGUGCAAUAUCUUCCCCCCACUGAAACCAAGGGAGUUGAUCAUCAUCAUAAUGAUAAUGAUGAUAAGGGUCUUCCUCAUAAAUUGACCGGAGGAAUCCAUACAAGUUUUAGGAAAGUAAUGUUAUUCUUAGCUGCCUACUUGGGUAUUGGCACAGUUUGUUUCUACCUCGUUAGAAAUCAAAUUUCAGGACAGAAAACAAAUGGAAUUCUCGAUGCUGUUUAUUUCUGUAUUGUGACUAUGACAACCGUUGGUUAUGGUGACCUUGUUCCUAGUAGUGUUCCCUCAAAGCUUCUUGCAUGUGUUUUUGUCUUCUCUGGAACGGCUUUGGUUGGUUUUAUACUAAGCAAUGCAGCUGAUUACUUGGUUGAGAAACAGGAAGCUCUGCUGGUUAAGACAUUGCAUCAUCAUAAUAGACAAAAUGUUGAUGGUGCAGAAAUUGAAAAGGAGAUGGAAGCCAAUAAAGCAAAAUACAAAUGUCUUAUGGUGUUUUCCUUUCUGUUGGUGAUGAUAGUUACAGGGACAAUAUUUCUGGUAAUGGUAGAAAAGCUCAAUUUUGUGGAUGCUUUCUAUUGCGUUUGUUCUACUAUUACAACUCUUGGAUAUGGAGAUAAGAGCUUCUCAACAAAAGCUGGACGUAUUUUCGCAGUGUUUUGGAUUUUGACAGGAACGAUACUCUUGGGACAAUUUUUCCUUUCUAUUGCGGAGAUGAACACUGAAAGGAGACAGCAGGAAUUGGCCAAAUGGGUUCUUAGGAAAAACAUGACAAGCCAUGAUAUAGAGAGGGCUGAUCUUGACAGUGAUGGGGUUGUAGGAGCUGCUGAAUUUGUCAUAUACAAGCUGAAGGAGAUGGGAAAGAUCAGCCAAGAAGAUGUCUCGUUGGUGAUGGAAGAGUUCAAGAGUCUUGAUUUAGAUCAAUCGGGAACAAUAUCGGACAUGGACAUAAAACUCGCCCAGACCUCUCGACGAGGUUGAUAGAUUCAAUUAAAAUACAACUGAACCAUGAAGAUAUUUACUAUUUAGCAUAGAUAUAAAGAAAGAAUACACUAAUUUACUGAUAUCCCACUUGUGAAAUACAUGUGUGCAUGUUUGAAUCACCUUCCUUUGUCCAUUAAGCUUGUUAUUUCUACAGUACUCACCCAAUGAUUCCAUUUUCCCAGCCUUUUUUUUGGCUUU